GAAGAUUUUAUGUCAGUAACCCCAGCGUUAAGCUUGGAUAUGAAUACAUUUAAGUUUUCGUCAACGCCCUGAAGGAAUAUGGAUAGUUUUAAGAUCCUAUUUGUAUUAAUGGUGCUUUUUAAAGCUAAAUGUGACGAUUGUCCUGAUCGAUGCCUGUGCUGCAUUAACGACAUAUGUGAACAUGACUCAAAAGGCUGGGAACAAGUGUGUUUAGAUGGCUGCAAAGAUGGUUAUCAUCAACCUCGAUGCAUGGUCCCGUGUAAAGGAAACUGUCAGACUUGUCGUCAAUCUGACGGUGUGUGUCUUAUAUGUAAACCGGGAUUUUACGGACCAUCUGACGAGUGUUUAAAUGCAUGUGCCUUCAGACACUGCGCAUGUUUUGAAAGCGAAUGUGAUAAUUGUCUUGACGGGUUUUACGAUGUUAGCAACCAUUGCGACUCGGCUUGUUCAAAAGGGUGCAGUGAAGACAAAUGCAAUGAUGAUGGAACUUGCGACUGUGUUGACAAUUUUGAAGGAAAUAAAUGUGACAGGUGUGUUCUAGGGAAAUACGGAGAACUAUGCAAUAAUAAUUGCAUAAACGAAAACUGCAUGUGCACAAACGCGGUUAAUUGUAUUUCCUGUAGGACUGGCUUUUUUGACAUUUCUACUUUUUGCUCUAAACGGUGUUCCGUGGGCUGUAAGGAUAUUUGUAAUAGUGACGGCCACUGUACAUGCUUACCGCAAUUUUCAGGACAGACAUGUGCAAACUGUAUACCUGGAUUUUAUGGCGACGACUGCACCAUACCGUGCUCAAACGGUUGUAUUGAUGGCACAUGCAAAAGAGAUGGAACGUGCAAGUGUAUUCAAUACUUUAUGAGUAAAACAUGUGAUGUUUGUGAUCAGGGACGUUUUGGAACAUUAUGCGAUAAAACAUGUAGUGCAGGCUGUGCGAAUAAUACAUGUGACAGAAGCGAUGGAUCAUGCGAGAUAUGUAUUGACGGUUAUACAUCAUCAACUUGUCAUGAAAACUGUAACUAUGCUUGCCAAUCAUGUUCUCAAGACAACGCGUCUCAAUGCUUAUUAUGCUUCAAGGGCUUUUAUGUUGAUUCGAAUAUGUCAGGUUGCACUCCCUGUGAGCAGUCGUGUCUUGCUAACACAUGUGAACAGCCGAAUGGGUUGUGUACAUACGGAUGCCGAGAAAGAUACUGGGGCCACAACUGCAAUAAUUCAUGCCAUCCUACUUGCAAAACCUGCCUUCGAGAGAAUGGCAUCUGUACACAUUGUGUUAACAACUCGUUGACUAGUGUUGGAAAUUACUGUACCAGAACAUGUAGUGACACCUGUGUUAAUAAGGAAUGUGAUGUUAUGACAGGCCGAUGCCUACGUGGCUGUGUUCGCAACUUUUACGCCGACAUGUGCGAUAUAGAGUGUCCAGCUACAUGCGUUUCCGUACCAAAUAUUACAAGAUGCGAUUACUUUGGUCGUUGUCGACAUGGUUGUAUUGCUGGAUACAAAGGGAUUACCUGUGCAAAUGCAACGACAACUUCUAAACCGGAAUCUUCAUCAUGCGGGGGAAUCAUUGGGGGAACUGUUGGUGGUUCACUCACUGUUUUAUGUAUGAUUACUGUCAUCCAGAUAGUUCUGUUCAUUCGAUGGAGACGACACAACAAGAACAACUCCUCUGAAAGAACCCAAGAGCUGGCGUUCCGCAGUUUGGAUCCAUAUGAGAUUGAGCCAGAAAUGCAAUAUCAAGAGCUAAGUAUCAAGCCCUUGAGAGAGAAUAAAGAUACAACGUACACAGACCUCCAGGAAGCAACAACGCUCGAUUCUGACGUUGUGUAUGAUCAGCAAACCGAGUAACGAAGGUGCCGACUUUGUUUCACUCAAAAAAUGAAUGGACACAAACUAUCAGCUGUACAAAACUCGUGUUUUAUUGACUAUAAACAGCUAAGAUUUGAAUGUAUAUUGUUCACUUAUGUUCAGAAUGUGUCAGAUAUUUUAUCAAAGACACGUUGUGAAAUAAAUGAAACUUGAGCUAAUUAUUGUAGAUUUUAUUGUGAUUAGAUCGAUCAAAAGUGUUGUAACUCAAGGAACAACUUGUUGUGUUUAUAAAGUGUAUAAUCUGUACUCGUGAACAAUUAUUACUGAUUUUAUUUCUCUUUAAAUAUACCAUACUUGCUUUUUACGAAAAUUAGAGUCAGUUUUUUGAUAAUGCCUGAAUAAACAAUUGGUUUUAUCUAUUAUACAUUUAAGGAUUAAAAGUUCGAAUUAAAAUCCUAAUAGAAUCCUAAAAUUUAAAGAUGUUGCUUAGUGAAGAUAAUCCUAGAAAGUGGAGAGAAAGGAUUGUUUUCUCCAAACUUGUUUCUCAACUCGGACUAUGACAGUCUUGACAGUGAAAAUAUUUCCUGACAAGAACCUGUUUCUCAUUCGUAUUAUUCGUAAAACCAUGUUUACCCUAUUAACCAAUGAUAGUGGUUUCUAUAAAUAAUACCUACAAAGCACUUUUCAUUUUAUAGUUAUUUGACUGUUAUGAUAUGUGAUUAUACUUUGUACAUGUUGUAAACCAUUAAUUAUCUGUGAAACAAAUUGUUUUCGCCACAAUAUUUGCGGGUUGCAUAUCUGUUUCUUGGUAAGAUGAUACUAACUACAGUGUAUUUCCUCAGAACUCCUAACAUCGACCAUGACCGACCAUUCAAUUGAUAAAAACUGGAAAGUACAUGAAUUGAAGUUUGUUUGAAGAUAUAUAACUUAAUGUUUUAGCCCGAUAUGUACGCAUGGCGGUUUACCAAAAUAACACCCAACUGUUUCUUUAGGAUCUCUUUGGUCAUAAUAAAGCUGUAUUUUUGUUAGUUUUGCCUUUUUCAAUAAUAUUAAACGACUCUUUCAAUUAAUGAUAUGAUACGAUACGAUAAAGCGAACAUUCGUUGAUAAAAUGACCCCUUUGACCUUAACAUAAAAUCUUAAUUUGAUAAACAGGAACAAUUAAAAGUAUGACAUACCCAAUCAUAUUUUCUAUUCGACAUUAAGUCAUACCACAUGCCUAGUCACAGCGACCGUGCUUUUAUCGUUCAACUUACAUUCUGGUCAAAAGUCAGGAACCUGACCACAUUCCUAGUCACAGCGACGGUGCUUAGUUCGUACCACUGACGUCCUUGUAAAAAGUCAGGCACCUUACCACAUUCAUAGUCUCAGUGACGGUGCUGGGUUUGUACCACUGACGUCCUCGUCAAAAGUCAG